AUGGCAAUGAGAAUUGUCUUCCUCGGCCUGGCUAUUGCCGGUGCAGUGCAAGGCCGUGUGGCCGGCACUCGAACUAGCCUCGGCAGCCGAUCAAGCUCUGCUGUAUCCUCCGCGGAGUCGCCGACCGUGUACAUCGACACAUACUCGAGUACUGUGCAAGGAAACAGAUCGGAGUACAUCAACUCCGUAUACAACUUCAAGCGCAUUCCGUUUGCCGCCGCUCCAACGGGCGAGUAUCGCUGGAAACAUCCGCCGCACGUCUCUAGCUGGACUGGAGUACGUGAUGCAACUUACUUUGGUCCGGACUGCCCUCAACUCGGGUCCGACAACUAUGAUGAGGACUGCCUGCAUUUGAACAUCUGGACUCCCGACACUGUUAAGUUAAACAAUGUGCAAACCAACAAUGAGACCGGUAUCGGUGUUGUUCCGGCCAACUCUUCAGAGGCCCUUCCUGUGUAUAUGUUCUUCCAUGGAGGACGUUUCGGAACUGGCUCUGCGACCCAGUCAACAUUCGAUGGCGCCGGACUUGCUGCCAAGGGUGUGGUUGUGAUUACUGUCAACUAUCGUCUCGGUGCCCUAGGCUUCUUGUCACACCCGGAGUUGAGUGCUACCUCUGGAAGUGGAAGCUCUGGUAACUACGGUCUGGUUGAUCAACAAGCCGCGAUGCAUUGGACAAAUGAGAACAUCGCCUCAUUUGGAGGUGACUAUAAGCGCAUCACGCUCGGUGGGCAGUCUACUGGCGCUGCUUCGGUGCUUGAUCACCUCAACAGUGAACUAGCCGAUGAUCUCUUCGAGCAGAUCAUUGCGGAAAGUGGCGCCGUAUACCCAUCCAACCCAAUGAUCGGUAGUCUGGCCCAAAGCUACCGCCAGCUUGGCGAAGCAGAAAAGCAAGGAGUAUCCUACCUUUCCAGCCUGAACCUCCACAACAUCUCGCAAGCACGUUCUGCGCCGGUUGAACUCUUCCUGAACAGCGCCAACUUGAACGACGUCACUUUCAAAGAUACCGUUUUUGUAGAUAACUCAGCCUACAUUGAGCCUCCACUUUUCCGACCCGUUCUCGAUGGAUAUGUGCUCCCCGCCACUUACAAGGAAAUGCUCGUCCGCGGAAACCAUACUACCGCCCCCGUCCUCACAGGAGGCAACCUCGACGAGAACGGCGCAACCCCAAGCCCUGGCAUGACAGUCAAGAGCUACAAAGCCCAGAGCGAACUCGAGUUCGGCAGCGUCGGGUUGGCAGAGGAGUUUUUCAAGCUAUACCCUGCUGGCAAGACCGACGAAAGCGCCGAUACCGCUAGCAACACGUUCUAUCGGGACCAGACCAAGGUCUCACUAUGGCUCUGGGCAAGCGAGUAUAUGGCCGGGUCCGCGCGCAACACUUCCGGUAACGGAACUUACCAGACAUAUAAUUACUACUGGACACACGCUCCGCCUGGACAGGAGAAGGGCGCUUACCAUGGUAGUGAGCUCAACUAUGCGUUCAACAACCUCUAUGCCGUGGACUCGCCUUGGAAGACUGAGGAUUAUGAAAUUGCCGAUAAGCUAUCCAGCUACUGGGCCAAUUUUAUUAGCACUGGAAAUCCUAACGGUAAGGGUCUGCCUAAUUGGCCUGAUGCUAGUGCGAAAAGCCCUGAGGUUAUGGAGGUUGGUGAAGCCUGGAAGUCGAUCAGUGUUGCUAGCGAAGAGAAGAUCUCGUUCAUGCGUCGUUGGUUCUCUAAGUGGACUGUCUACUGA